CGGAAGGGCUCCUCCGCCCCACAGGCCUUUGCGCGCUCCUUUCCGGCCCCGGCCCGGGCAGGCGUUCAUCAGAUGGCUCCUGCAAAGAAAGGUGGCGAGAAGAAGAAGGGACGCUCCGCCAUCAAUGAGGUGGUGACUCGGGAAUACACCAUCAACAUCCACAAGCGGAUCCAUGGCGUGGGCUUCAAGAAACGAGCACCACGUGCUCUCAAGGAGAUCCGCAAAUUUGCGAUGAAAGAAAUGGGUACUCCUGACGUUCGCAUUGACACCAGAUUGAACAAAGCAGUCUGGGCUAAAGGAAUAAGGAAUGUUCCUUACCGUAUCCGUGUGCGUUUGUCCAGAAAGCGCAAUGAGGAUGAAGAUUCACCAAACAAGCUGUACACACUGGUUACCUAUGUACCAGUCACAACAUUCAAAGGUCUACAGACAGUCAAUGUGGAUGAAAAUUAAACUGAUUUUCAUUACAAUAAAUUGAUAAAAAGUUUAUUCCUCA